AUGGAAUGUAACGUUUCGGGCAACAAGAUGAUGCAGAUGGCAUCGAAUAAGGGCUUAGCUCGAUUAACUGCUGGCAAGUUGCGAUUAGUCAAUUUGUCAAAUUGUCGUGGGCAACAAAUGGCAGCAUCGAAAAAGGUUGAAGUAUUCAUCAAUGACAUGAAAGUACUUGUUGAUCCGGGUACCACUAUAUUGCAGGCGGCCUCCUUGCUUGGCGUUGAUAUCCCUCGCUUUUGUUAUCACGACCGCCUUUCUAUAGCUGGCAACUGCCGCAUGUGUCUAGUAGAAGUAGAAAAACAGAUAAAGCCAGCAGCAUCAUGUGCUAUGCCUGUUGCGAAUGGCAUGAGAGUACAAACUAAUUCACCAAUGGCGAAAAAAGCUCGUGAAGGAGUAAUGGAAUUUCUGCUUUUAAAUCAUCCACUUGAUUGUCCGAUUUGUGACCAGGGUGGUGAAUGUGAUUUACAAGAUCAGUCAAUGGGAUUCGGUUCAGACAGAAGUCGUCUGGAAAUUUUCUAUGAUGGCAAAAGAGCUGUGGAAAAUAAGUAUAUCGGACCACUGAUAAAAACGGUAAUGACACGAUGCAUUCAAUGUACGCGAUGUGUACGAUUUGCCAAUGAAAUAGCCGGCGUUUCGGAUUUUGGUACUACUGGGCGUGGAACUGAUAUGGAAAUUGGAACUUAUGUUGAGAAGUUGUUUGCGACGGAACUGUCGGGUAAUGUUAUUGAUAUUUGUCCAGUUGGCGCUCUUCUUAACAAACCGUACAGCUUUACAGCAAGGCCGUGGGAGUUGCGUAAAGUAGAAAGCGUCGACGUGAUGGAUGCCGUUGGUUCAAACAUCGUAAUUGCACAUCGAACUGGUGAACUGUUCAGAAUUACUCCAAAACUAUGUGAGGAUAUUAAUGAAGAAUGGAUAAGUGACAAAACACGUUUUGUUGUUGACGGCUUAAAAAGACAGCGACUUGGCCAGCCACUAUUACGGACUCAAAAUGGUUCUCUGGAGCCAUGCAGUUGGGAGGAAGCGCUCUUUGCUGUUGCAUCAAAACUGCGCGCUGCUUUACCAAAUCAUAUUGCUGCAAUAGCAGGAGACCUCUGUGAUACAGAAUCACUAAUAGCUUUGAAAGACCUGAUGAAUCGAUUUGAUAGUGAAUUGGUUUGCACGGAAGAAUCAUUCCCAAGCGGCAGUGGCGGAACUGAUCUUCGAUGUAAUUAUGUUAUGAAUGACAAAUUUAUUGGGAUAGAAAGAGUGGAUGUUUUAUUAUUAAUUGGCACAAAUCCACGCUUUGAAGCCACAAUUUUCAACGCUCGUAUACGAAAAAGCUUUCGACAUACAGAUAUUGAAAUUGGUGUUAUCGGUGAAGAAGUUGACUUAAAAUAUGGUUAUGAAUACUUAGGUGACAAUGGAAAAAUUCUGGACGAUAUAAUCAACGGCAAAGGCGAAUUCGCUAAGCGUUUGCAAGCAGCUAAACGACCAAUGAUUGUUGUUGGCUCAGGCGCAUUACAAGGAAAACAUGGUGCUGCAUUACUUGGAAAAAUUCAAAUAUUCGCUGAAAAAUUGCGAUCUAAAACCGGAAAAACUAUAAAAAUAGUGAAUGUUCUACAACGAUAUGCAUCACAAGUUGGCGCUCUGGAUGUUGGCUAUAAAGCUGGAGCCGAAUGGAUCUUGAAUUCUAUUAAAGAUAUUAAAUUUUUAUAUAUGCUUGGCGCUGAUAGUGGUCGUAUCAAAAAAAGUGAUUUAACUCCCGAUACUUUUGUCAUUUACCAAGGUCAUCAUGGUGAUAUAGGAGUUGAGUUGGCAAAUUUGAUCUUGCCAGGUGCUGCUUAUACGGAAAAGGAUGCCACUUAUGUUAAUACCGAAGGCCGAGCGCAAAGGGCUUAUGCGGCAAUAACUGCUCCAGGUGAUGCGAGAAUAGAUUGGAAAAUUAUCCGAGCUAUUAGCGAAGUAGCCGGAAGAACUCUGCCCUACAAUGAUCUUGAUCAAAUAAGAAGUAGAAUGGCUGAGAUUGCGCCUCACUUGGUACGAUGCGGUAAUGUUGAAGAAUGCUCAUUUCAGGAACAAGCAACAUUGUUAGCGGAAUCUGGUGAUACAAACGUUUCGUUGAAACCGGAAUUGCUUGAACUAGGUGAUUUCUGGAUGACAAAUUCAAUAUCUCGUGCUUCGAAAACGAUGGCUGAAUGUGUUCGUGCAUAUCAGCGUUACAAGCAGGAUCCUUAUAUGGAAGAAAAUAGAUUUCUUUGUGUAUAA